AUGGAGACAAUAUCACAAAUGAAGAGCACCUAAAAGGAUAACGCUGCUGCCUUAAGGUAUGAGAAAAUAAAGUAGAAUGAGGAAAAAACGUCCAAUUUGGCUAUGGAAAAAUCACAAAUCAGCGAUCCAUUCUUUAAAAAUGCAAAAAUCGUUACAUGUUCUUAAGUCCUAGUUAAGAAUGGAUAAGCUGUAGCUAUUGCUUUCAAGGGAUAGUCUCACCCAAUCAAAGAUAAAAGCCCAGCUAGAUCUAUGGAAAGAAGUUCCCUUUCACAAAAUGAACUACAUGCAGGAAUUUCCAAAAAGCCUUUAGAGCCCUACAACCCUAACUCUCACAGAAACAGAUUGUAUCAGCCAUAGAUCACUAUGCCUUACAAAAACGCCUCAUAGAUAGUCUUAGGAGAUAGAUCAUCGGUAGACAGAAAGCAGUUUGUGUCCUCUAGCUAAAACAUUAUGAUUUCUCCAAGCACUCAAAAUUUGACAUCUAACCCAGGCAUUAUAGCCGAGAGAACCAAAUGGCUUAAACACAAGUAACAACAAUGA